UGUCAUUUCCGCUUUAGUACGCCCAGCCACCAACGAGAGGGAGUAGCAGUAAAUGAUAUCUGUACAUAACCGAAUAUUAACAGGGUUUACAAAGUGAAAAAAGCGACAAAGAGCAAGCGCGUCCACGGGCCCAGACUUCUAAAUAUCAUAAGUAGAAUUUUUUUAAGAGACUCUGCUCAAUUAUUUAGAUUUUUCAUAUUAAUAUUUCACGUGUCCAGUUCUCUCACUGUUUUGCAGUAGUGGCUUUUACCUGAAGGAUUCACAUGAAACAAAUAAGUAAAUGAGUGAAAAAUAUUAAACAGAUUGUGUGUCUCAAUGUCACUGAUUAAAGAUCGAUCUCAUCAGAUCAGUCUGGCAUCAUUAUUAAAUAUUCCCGGAGAACCUGUACCAGACAAUUCGUAGGUCUAUACUAGAAAUUAGUUUUACCAUGGGUACUUUCUGCUUAGGAAUAAGUAUUUUUGUAAGAAAAAUAAAAAAAUUGCGGGCAACCAGACCCGACUGUGCCAGAGCCCGUUUUCUCCGCUUGUGACUGUGCGACCUCGGCGCGUCAUUUUUGCGUCAUUUCUGCAGCAGUUCGCCUAGGAUUCGGUUUACGGACUCGGGCUUCAGCGGUGUGUUUGCAAAAUGUCACAAUCUGCUGCUGUUUGGUUUUGUGUUCACGAUGAUGUCGAAUCGGAUCACAGUACUACGGGGAAUGUAUUAGAUUAUUUUGACGAUGAAUUUAUCAUCAGAACCUUACACCUCAGCAGAUUCGCCGUUAGUUUUAUUAUUGACUGUGUAAGAACUCGUCUGGAGCGUUUUACCGAACGGUCUCUUCCUGUCGAUCAUUUGGUCCUUGCCGCCCUAUGUUUCUAUGCAAAUGGUUUUUUACAUAAUGAAAUAGCCGAAACCAUUGGAAACAUUAAUGGAUUUUUGAAUACAGCUGUGGAAACUGUGUCAAAAGUCUUGUCAUCCAUGCUCGACGAAUUCAUCACAUUUCCAAGCAGUCUGAAUGAUCGAGUCCUGGUCGCGCAGGAACUGCAGAAGUUGCACGGCAUCCCUAAUGUAGUUGGGGUGCUGGGAUGCAUGCACGCGCGGAUAAAACCUGUCAAACGGGAGAGAAUGCUGUACAUGAACGGUAUGGGUUAUUUCUCCAUCAUGUCUCAAAUGGUUUGUGACUCUCAGGGUAACCUUCUAAGCGUGGAGACCGAAUGGCCAGGAAGCACGUCAGAGCAAAGUAUUUGGGAGAAUUCAAAAAUAUGCCAGCAGUUCAAAAGUGGCAAGCAUGGCCAGAGCUUGCUCGUGGGUGCCAGCUGUUACUCUUUGAGUAAGCAUGUCCUGCCUCCCCUGAGCCGUGCCAGUAAUCCAGCCUCAGUGCAUUACGAACAAUCACACUUCAAGAUCCAGAGCAUUAUUCAGAAAACCUUUGGUGCUUUGAAGAUGCGAUUUCAGUGCCUAGAGAAUUUAGGACACAUUCAGAAGGAUGUUUCUCACAAACCAGCAGAAGUUAUUCAUGCCUGCUGUGUUUUGCACAAUAUUGCUAAGAAGUUCUCUGUACCGCUGCCUGGAGAACCUGAACCAGAGCCAUUGCAUCAUGGGAUCAACCGGGAGGAAAUCAACCAGUCAGAUGUUCACCUGCUUCUCUUUAGGAAGGACAUAAUCACAACCUGUUUCUCCGAGGAUUGACAUGCUCUCUCACAGCCCUCGGAGGAUUAAUCUGGGAGAACAGAUCAGUGGAGUCUCUACAGACGCAGUGUUAUUACGCUUUUGAUUUUUAAAUUAUGCUUUUAUUUUUAUAUUUUCAUUUGAAAUCCAAUUUAGUUUUAACUGUGUUUUUAUUACUUAUUUUAAACAUGUAUUUAAAAUUUUCCAGUUAGUUUUGGAAGCAGUAUUUAUAAUUUUUAUUUAAUUAUUUAUUUUUGUGUCUUAUUUCCAUUUCCAAAAAUGCCCUGUUUAGAAUGUCCAGCAUCGUGUUCUAUUCUAAGAUGGACGUUCUAGGGGUCAGUUCCUCUGGGGUGCUGAAUAUAUCAAUUUGAAAUUGGAGUUGAACAAUAGGAAGGGGGGUUAUCAGAAUAGUAACCAAAAUAGUGGAACAGACCCCAAAAUGCAGCUAUUUCAGUCUUAAGUAACUAGCUGACACACUGGGGAGAUGCAGGUACCAGAACGUAGUGUGUGCUCUGUCACACCCUAGUGGGGGAAAGAAGACACUGCCUUACAUUAUUUAUAAAAUCACCUGAUUGCAGUGGAGAGGCUCCUACCCUGACUGAACAUGUGCACCACUUCUUGUUCAGUUAUCUGUAUAGUUGGUAUGAGGUUUACCUGGCUGUGCCAGGCUGCAUGGGGCACCAGGCUGGGGUACACCCUGUGUGAGCUGCCAGUCCAUCGCUGGACACAUACAUGCAGACAGUGGCCCUCAGUGUCGUACACUAAACAUUUUCGACAUGCCAGUUUGUCUAACUGUAUACCCCCCCUCCCAGUUUAGAUGCAAAACAAGGAAUAAAUGCACAACACUGUAUAGCCAGGGUAAGGAUAGGUUUGGUUUUCUGUUUUUGUACUGUUACAUUAAAACUGCACUUUGCUCCUGGAAUGUUCUGAUUAAAGUUUUUUUUUUUCUGUCACUCAAAUUAUCCCCUUAACUGAAUGCAUAAUCCCAGAAGUUGAGAUGCUUUUCUGGCAAUGACAUUUAUA